GUCAAUGUUUGCUUUAGUCGGUAUAAACCGUAUAUACGAUUACAAAUCACAAAUAUUACAGUUUAAAUGCAGCCUUAAAAUUACUUCGAAUUUUAUUAGACGAGCAUAUGUUGAGAAUAAAAAUUUUCUUGAAAACUAGCAAAUGCUAUAACUGAUAAAAAGACCACUGACAUUGUUAAAUUGGUGUUAUCUGGUCGAGAUUGAUUGGGAAAUUGAGUUCAAUGAUUUAACAAAAGGCACAUUAGGCAAAUUCCGAAGUCAAGUUACACGUUGCAUUUAUCGGCCACAAUCGGUAAUUCACAAUGCUACGCCUCAUCUUUAAAGCGAGGAAAAAUUUAACGAAGCAACAUACGAAAUUCAAUAAUAUAGCAGCAUUAUUUUGCAAUCAGUCAAGAAUCGAUGAUGGCGGCAUUGGACAAAAAUCAGCGCCACCUAUCGAUCCUGAACCACCUACAGUUCCGUGUAAAAAUGACUAUAGCGAAGCGGCUGCUGAAAAAAGACUCGAAUGGGUCGAAGGUUUCGUCGGGACAAAGCUUCCAUCGUUGCGGGGUUGGUGGAGCCCUCUAUCGGAACCAAAGCCCGAAAUUCUACAAGGGAAUAUUGAACAGUCUAUCGGACUCGCCCGGAUACCAACUGGGGUAGCUGGGCCCAUAGACUUUAGGGGAACACAUGCAGAUGGUCUGAUCAUGUGCCCAAUGGCUGUGACAGAGGGAGGAGUAAUCGCCUCAACGUCCCGAGGGGCGAAGGCAAUAAACGAAUCGGGGGGAGUUAGUGUACACGCUUUGAAAUCUGUCAUGGGAAGGAGCCCUGUGUUUAUAUGUAACGACGCUAAAGGUGCAAAAGACUUCGCUCAAUGGGUUCCUACGAUGAAGACAGUUCUACAAGAGAAGGUUGUCAAUAAGAAGUCACAGCAUUGCCGCAUUACUGACAUUAAACCUAUUAUUGAUGCUAAUGUGGUCAAUCUGAUACUAGAAUACGACACCGGGGAUGCUUCAGGACAAAAUAUGGUGACAUCAGCGUCCUAUGCAAUUCUAGUGUAUCUGAUGAAAGCUGCCAAGGAGUACCUUCCAGAAGGAACCAUCGAACACUCAUACCCUUGUUCUAAUGCUAUUGGGGACAAGAAAUCUACCAGGUAUAACUUAUUGGAAAACCGAGGAGUAUCAGUGGUUGCCUCAGUUUCAAUUCCUGGUGACGUUAUCAAAGAGACAUUGAAUGGAGACCCUGCUUCCAUGAUCAAAUAUUGGUCUCACUAUUGUCGCAUUCAAAACCGAGCGGGGGCAUUGGGGAAUAGUCUCAAUACGUCUACAUCACUGGCGGCCAUGUUCCUGGCGUUCGGACAGGAUGUUGCGUGCACAUACGAAUCAAGUACGUCAUACAUGGAGAUCAACGCCAAUUCGUUUGGGGGACUAGAUGUACAGUACCAACUUCCUUGUCUAGUUGCUGGGACAAUAGGCGGUGGCACUGGCCUUCCCACCCAGAAUGAUUGUCUGGAAAUAGUUGACUGUAAGGGGGAUGGCAAGAAAAUGAAACUGGCAGAAGUGAUCACUGGUUUUGCGUUAGCGUUAGAAUUAGCAACAUUAGCAGACGUGGCAUCGAACAGGCCUUUAAAUCAUAGAAUUUGAUUCGGGUUAUAUCUUUAGUAUACUAGUCAUGAGCAUGAAGAUAUAUAUUCUCUUAAGAGAUAUGGAAACUCAUCUUAGUGCAUAUAUGAGAACCGGCGGGAUGGGGAAACAUCUUAGAUGAACCUUUAGAUACAAAUAAUUUGACUUUUUAGAUUUCAUCAUUAUUAGAUUAGACAUUAAAAUAGGCUCAAAUCAUUUAAUCAAACUGCUAUCUACGCACCGUACUUUUUAUGUUAACUUGUUUUGUGUA